CUCUCUCUCUCUCUCUCUCUCUCUCUCUCUCUCUCUCUCUCUCUCUCUCUCUCUCUCUCUCUCUCUUUCUCUGUGAGUUCAAGAAAAUGGCAGAAACCAGUGAUCAGGAUCAGUUCAGCUGUACAGUGUGUCUGGAUCUCCUGAGGGUUCCAGUGACUCUACAUUGUGGUCACAGUUUCUGUAAGAUGUGUAUUAAUGGCUGCUGGGAUCAGGAGGAUGUAAUGGGAGUCUACAGCUGUCCUCAGUGUAGAGAGACUUUCACUCCAAGACCUGUUCUAGGCAGGAACAACAUGCUGGCUGAAGUGGUGGAGAAACUGAAGAAGACUGAACUCCAAGCUGCUUCUGCUCACUGUUACUCUGGACCUAGAGAUGUGGAGUGUGAUUCCUGCACAGGGAGAAAACGCAAAGCUGUUAAUUCCUGUCUGGUUUGUCAGGCCUCCUUUUGUAAAGAUCAUCUUAAACCUCACUAUCAGUCUCUUGCCUUUAAGAAGCACAAGUUAGUUGAAGCCUGUGCAGAGCUCCAAGAGAUGAUCUGCUCUGAACAUGACAAACUGAUGGAGAUCUACUGUCGUACUGACCAAAGCCUCAUCUGUUACUUGUGUAUGAUGGAAAAACACAAAGGUCAUGAUACAGUUUCAGCUAAAGCAGAAAGAACUAAAAAACAGAAUGAGUUAAAGGAGGAUCAGAUAAAAUCCCAGCAGAAGAUCCAGGAGAAGCAGAAGAAGGUGCAGGAGCUGAAACAGACUGUGGACAUUAUUAAGACAUGUUCACAUGCAGCAGUAGAUGACAGUGAGAUGAUCUUUACUGAGCUGAUCACCUCCAUGGAGAAAAAGCGCUCGGAGGUGACGGAGCUGAUCAGAGCUCAGGAGAAAUCUGAAGUGAGUCGAGCUGAACGACUCCUGAAUCAACUGGAGCAGGAGAUUGCUGAUCUUAAGAGGAGAGUCACUGAGAUGGAGCAGCUUUCACACACACACGAUGACAUCCACUUCCUCCAGGUAACACUCACUGUCUGA